AAUGACAGUUAAUUUUUAAAAAAUUCCUCAGCUCCACGUUUUAGCCUAGAAGCACUAGAAUCUCUAGAAAAUAUCAUAACAAAGUAAUAAAUUCACAAAACAUAAACAAUUCAAGAAAACAAAACAACAAUGGCAGAAGAUUCACCAUUUGUAGCGAUGCUUGUUGACAUGGGAUUCUCCAAAGAACGCUCAGAAAAAGCACUCAAAGCUACUGGAAAUGUUGGAGUACAACCUGCAAUGGACUGGUUAUUUUCAAAUACUGAAGACGAAGUUCCCCAAACGGGAGCUAGUUCAGCAGAGACUCAAGUUUCGCCGCAAGAGUCUUCCUCAGUGCAAAGUAGUGCAAGUACUGCGACAGCAAGCACUGAGAAUCAGGAAGCUAAAUCUUUGAAAUGCGAUGUGUGUGGAAAACUAUUCAAAUCUUCCCUAGAAGUUGAAUAUCACGCAACCAAAUCCGGCCAUGAUAGCUUCUCCGAGAGUCUCGAAGAGAAAAAGCCACUGACUGAAGAAGAAAAAAAAGAAAAAUUGAAGCAGCUGGAGGAAAAAAUGCGGCAAAAGCGCAAAGAACGCGAGGAACUUGAGAAGCAAGAGAGUCUUGAGAAAGAAAAAAUUAGAAUCAAAUCCGGAAAAGAAAUGGCUGAAGCUAGAAAAAAAAUGGAAGAGCUAGAGAUGAAAAAGCUGCUAGAGCAGCGUAAGCGUGAGAAAGAAGAGGAUAGAAUUGCCCGACAGGCGAUCCGCGAGAAGAUAGAAGCUGACAAAGCAGCUCGUCGCGCAAAAGCUGCUGCAGAAUACGGAAAUUUGGUUCCUUCUGUACCAGUUCCUACUCCAGCUCCAGCUUCAGCUCCAGCUCCAACGCCCGCAGCUCCCAAGCGUGAUUACACCGAAACUAGACUGCAAAUCCGACUGACCAAUGGCGACACUUUAACGCAAACCUUCGGCGCCAAGGAACAGCUGUCUGCUGUCAGACUCUACAUCGAAAUGAACCGAACAGAUCCUCCAGGACCUUUCAACUUGUUGACAAACUUUCCUAGAAAAGUAUUCUCCUUUGAGGAUUAUGAUGCACCGCUUGACGUUCUUGGUCUCGUGCCGUCAGCUGUUGUGAUUGUACAGAAGAAAGUCGAGUGAUAACGGGUUUUUAUACUUGUAUGAUAAUUAUGAUUACAAAUAUUGAUGGUAACAAUUAUAAUGAUAGGGAGUUGCAGUUUUGUAAUUAUUUAAAAAAAAAAAUUUCUCAGUGUUCAAGUAAGUAAAUACAAUUAUUAUUUUAAAAAAGUAAGCCAGUGACAUUUGUAUAACUUAUAAGAUUUAAAUCAUAGA